GCAGGAGCGCCCCAUCGACCACCUUGGCACGAGUUCACCCACCCAUGGCGCUGCUUCCGGCAGAUGAGCUUCGACUCUUAGGGCUGCCACUGGUGGAACCUCCAGCGACGCGGACGCUACUCCGACGCGCGGGACUCGCCGGACUCCGCCGCGGAAGCGCCGUGGGCGGAAGCGCCGUGGCUGCCGCAGGGGCAGCAGAUCUCGGUGUGGAGGAGAUCAAAGCGCGGAUGGAAGAGAAGGCGAAAGGUCUGAAGCUCUCUGCAGUGCUGUUGGCGGUGGAGUCGGAGCCGCCCUACUACGAGCAGAGCUUGGAAUGGCGCCGAGAUCGUUUGGGCGCUGGUGCUGUGGAAGAGCUCUGCAAGAGCGUCGUUUUGGAAAACACCAAGCUGGACGACGCUUCUGAGCCUGGACGCGUUCGCUGUGUCCUCGUGAUCGUGCAGUACGUGGCGAAGCUGCAUAAGGAGAAACUGAUUAAGGUGGUUCAAGCCUUGGAGGCUGCGAGGAGUCUGGCACCGCUGGGCAAGAAGCAAUACAACAUGAGGCUCUUAGAAGGAGCUGCCUGUGAAGCGAUCACGGGCUGCGGACACAAUGCAGUGACCCCUUUGGGACAGGACCUUCCGAUGAUCCUCAGCGAUGGCAUUGCAAAGCUCGAGCACUUUUGGCUGGGAGGGGGUCACGUUGAUUUGAAGUUGCGGCUGAACACGGCGGAAGCCAUCAAGACAUUUGAGAUGACUGUGGCAGAUGUCCUUGUGGAGCAACACCUCCUACGAAGGGUCUGGGGUGCCUGGCGGAGCCGACGAGAGACGCCGAAGCGGAUGGGAUCUACCAACGUCUUUCGCUCGCUCCGGGUGGACGUGGAGCGUCCUCGGUGUCGCGACGACGGGAUCGCACGCAACGGUGGCGUCGUGCCAAGGCCCAGCAAGAACGAGUGGUAUGAAGGAGAAGGGAAGUUCACGUUCCCCAACGGCGUCGUCUACGUCGGUCAGUUCCGGAAAGGCGAAUUCCACGGGCAAGGAGCCUUGGUCUACCCGAAUGGGGGCCGCUACCAAGCUACGUGGGAGCGUGGAUAUGCGGUGGAGGGCAGGUAUGUGUUCAAUGACGGGCUCUUGUAUGAAGACAAGAACUGGCAGUAUGUGUCGCAGGGCGAUCGCCGCUUCUACACCGAAGUCAAGGAAGGUCUGAAGCCUGCGGGUGAGACGCUGUUGACCAACGAAAAGGUGCCUCCAGCGAUCCCCAAGGGAAGCUACGACUAUGGCCUUGGGGCCCGAGAGCAGUGGGUGAAGCGGCGCCUGCCCCUCGCUCUCCUCAGCUUUCGUGUGGCGCUGCUCUUCGUGUGUCGCAGGCCGCACCUUGGGCUUGCUCCACGCACUGUGCACAGGCGUGCAGCCGUGACCUCGGGCGCUUGGACCUCGGCGCGCACCACGUCGCCGCCGUUUGCGGAGCACGCGGACGCGUCCAGUUGGGGUCGCUGGAGCUGCUUCGCACACAUCUACUGCAUCAACCUGGAUGACAGGCCUGAGCGGUGGCGCUUCAUGGACCAGCAGUUCAAGGAGUUGGGGAUGCCUGCAGAGCGGUGGAGCGCCUUCGAUGGGCGGCGCUUGGACUUCAAAGCACUCGAGGAGUUGGUCUACGGCGGCGAGCUGAGCGCGGAAGCGGUGCAGCGGCUCUUCUUGCCGAACCAGCAGAAGGUCUUUGGGAUGGACUUGACGCCGGGCGCCAUCGGCUGUGCGCUGUCGCACAUGCAGAUUUGGCUGGAUAUCAUGACGCGUCAUGGUCGAGGCGAGUUCCACGGCGACGAGCGAAGCCAAUUCCUGGUGGUGGAGGACGAUUGCGAGUUCGUGUCUCACUUCGAUGAGGACCAAGUGCAACAGCGCUUGGAAGAAGUUCCUCAGGAUUGGCAGCUGGUCUUCUUGGGUGGCGUGGAUGCCAUGGGUCUUCAACCACUCCUGCAGAUCUCCCCGGGAGUCAGGCGGGUCUAUAACGGUUCGCGUGAGACCACGGCCUAUGUGAUCAAUGUGGAAGGCGCACGUGAGGCAUUGAAGGUCUGCUUCCCGCUGUCAUGGCAGCUGGAUACCAUGCUGACGAUGCACUCACGGCUCUGCGAUCCUCCCCUGUGGGUCAGCGAGGACAUGCAGUUGUCCUAUACUGUGAAGCCCAUGAGUUACAUCUUAUGGCCUCCCCUGGCGCUGCAGAACAAGCGCGACUUCCGGACAGAUGUCCAGAAAGAUGAGCAUCCGGAGUUCCUCCGGUCCAACAGCUACCGCGUGGCGCCGCCCGUGCUGCCGUCGCCGCCGAGCUCGCGGCGCGACACGGAGCUGGUGACGGUGGAGGAGCUGCGGGCCUUGGAGAGGAGAUAUGCCUUGGUUGGCAGCUGGGAUGAUUGGUUGACCUUCCACCCGUUCGACUUGGCCGAUGGCCCCAUCCUGGCAGCCGAGGUGGAUGUACCACCCGGCGCACCGGUGGAGUUUCAAGUGCUCAGGGACAACGAUUGGAACCAACGCUUCUACCCUGAAGCGGAUGGCAGCAUUCGCAUGGGCGGUUCCCGCGAUGCCCAUGGGAAGAACUGGCAGCAGCCCGUGCCUCUGGGUCCACCCAAGAAGUUGCACGUGACCUGGGAUCCGACCAACGGAGGCCGCCUGGAGCAUUGCUUGGAAGAGCCCUCUAGUGUUGCCCUGGCGCGGCGCUACGCGCUGGCUGGAAGUUGGGAUGGGUGGACGACGGAGACCGUUUUCGUCCAUUCGGCGGAGCAGUUGGGCACGUAUGUGGCGGCAGUGGAAGUGCCAAAAGGCAUAGACAUUGAGUUCCAAGUCGUGUGCCCGGGCGGCGAGUUCGACGAGCGCAUCUUCCCCGCGGAGGACGGCGAGAUCCUGGGGCCCAGCGGUGACUCCUUCGGUCGAAAUUGGCGCUUGCCUGCCGUGGCACAACCACAGACGCUCUGGGUGUACUGGAGCCCUGUGGGCAAGCGACGCUUGUCCGUCUUCUUGGACCACAUUGGCGCUGAGCCACACUUGCCUGGCCGCUCUGCGCCCUCGCCCCCGGCCGCGCCCGGCGCUGGCUACUACGAUCCCGCGACGGAGCAGAUCAUGUCCUAUGACGGGAAGGAGGUCCUUGGCUACGUCAAUGAGGUGGAAGAGGCCUGGAUCAAGGACCAUUGCCGAAAAGGCUUCGAGGAUUUGCCCAGCGAGACCCAAGGCAGCAGCCCGGCACCCGAAGAGGUAGAGGCUGUGCCUGAAGAACAGAAGGCUCAGUAG